CCUCCCUCCCUGCCCUGGAGCGAUCCGAGCGGGCUGAACGAAGAGGGAAGGGGGUGUCACGUCCAGUAACGAUGUUGGGGUCGCCGGGGCAACAGCCCGGGGGGGCGGGGUCUGGGGCUACGGCCGGGGCAGCUGCCGGUUCUGCUGCCCCUGCCGCCGGCGGGGCCGGGGGCAUCGCCAGCUUCCCGUGCGGAGGGGCGUCUGAGAAGCUGUUGGCGCGCUACGUGCAAGACUACCUGGAGUGCGUCGAGUCGUUGCCGCUGGACAUGCAGAGGUUGGCCUCGCUUCUGCGCGAGAUGGACACGCGCUGCCGUGAAGCUUUGAAAGAAAUUGAUGAGGUGUAUGAAAAAUACAGAGCAGAAGAUGAUCCUGCACAGAAAAAGCGUUUGCAGCAGUAUCUUCAGCGGGCUUUGAUUAACAGUCAAGAACUUGGAGACGAAAAAAUCCAAAUAGUUACUCAAAUGCUUGAAUUAGUGGAGAACAGAGCCCGUCAGAUAGAAUCCCACUCUCAGUGCUUUCAAGAUCUGUCAGAUACUGAAAAACCUAUUGAAAAGUCAAAACAGGAUCCAUGUCAACCAGAAAGAUCGUCACGAAGACCCCGUCGACAACGUACUAGUGAAAGCCGUGAUAUAUGCCAUAUAGCCAAUGGAAUUGAUGAGUAUGAUGACCAGCCACCUAAAGAAAAAAGAUCCAAAUCUGCUAAAAAGAAAAAACGCUCUAAAGCUAAACAAGAAAGGGAAGCUUCACCAGUAGAAUUUGCAGUUGACCCUAAUGAGCCAACUUACUGUCUCUGUGACCAAGUGUCUUAUGGCGAAAUGAUAGGAUGUGACAAUGAUCUGUGUCCCAUUGAGUGGUUUCAUUUUUCAUGUGUCGGACUCACUUAUAAACCAAAGGGAAAAUGGUAUUGCCCAAAGUGCAGAGGAGACAAUGAGAAGACUAUGGAUAAAUGUACAGACAAAUCCAAAAAGGAUAGAAGAUCAAGACUUGCAGAUAAUUAUUGGGGAGAAGGGAGAAUUAAUUUACAGAACUUGGCUGUAUUGUGGAAAGGCAAGGAAUGAAGGAAUAAUGACUGAAGUAAAAUGCCCAAAUGUCAAGAGCCACACUUCAAAACUGGGCAGGGCCAGGACCCUUUUGGGAAGGAGAUUUGAGAUUUUUAAGGAAUAAAAGAUAUCUGUCAUCUGCAACAUUAAGACCAUGCUGCCUAUUUUACCCCUCCUAUGUGCCUCAAAAUCCAAAAUAAAGACUUGAAAUAUUUAGCUCCUGUUCUUGAACAUAUAAAAAAAAUGUUUUUGGACAUUUUUGCAACUCUAUACUAAAAAGGUGUAUUGUAGAAGAUCUGGGUUAUUUGGAUUAUAGAAGGAAUAGUUUGAUGAUAGAAUAACCCAAGUCAAACAUUCCAAAAUUAGGAAUCAUUUUAAACUAACUAAUGGAAAUGUGAAAGGGAGUGAUAAGAUAAAUCAUGUUUGUUCAGACAUUAUUUGCAGAGAUCUUAGAUUGUUUAUCAUUUUUGCUUUAGAAACCAUGAUACUACAAAUUUUUGUUGUUGCCCAAGCAUUGCAGAAA